CUUUCCAGGAAACGCCCUCGUACCGAUAACCAGCUCCUGGACCCACCAAAAUUCCUGCCAAAUUUCCCCGGUGUGGGACAGGCUUCACUAGCCGCUAGCCCGAUCGACUGCAGCUAUCAGGACGAAAAUUUCUCACAACAGGUGAUCAAGUUCUCGACGUUCCAAGAAGAUCAAUGGAGUCCUAUCUACGACAUCAAUCAUCAACAGUUGACUAAACUGAAAAUCUGCGUCGUGGCCGAUAAAGGGUUCAACUAUUCGAUUUCUGAUGGUUGUUUUGUCAAUCAGAAGAAGAAUCAUUUCCAAAUCUCUGUGAACAUCGAAGCAAAUGACGAAAAUCCACCAAAAUUCGUCAAAGUCGACGGAGUAAUGCAUCCCAUCAAAGCGAUCAAAUUAGCUUUUUGUGGAGUCAAAGCUGAAAUGCUUACGUCAGAAAUCCAGAUCAAGCAAUCACAAACCGAUCGCAAGCCAAUCCCUCACGAUCCAGUCAUGUAA